AUGAACCGCGAGGAGGAUUUAAUCAGUCUGAUACUUUCCUCCAUGGAUUUCUACUCCUACAACCCAUGGGGUAGAAGUGUUUCAGGCAAAACAAUACUAGAGACAGGGGACUCAUCAAGAAAUGUUAUCGAGUUGAUCUUCAGAGCAACAACAACAGACAUCACAAGGUGUUCAGUAAACAUAAAACAUGUCCUUAAGUUGAAUCAUUCGAGGGAAACUCUAGAGAGUUUCGAAAGUUUUAGAGAGGAUGUCAAGAACAGAUCCUAUGUAGAUUAUAAUAAACAUCCUAGAAAUAUGGUAGAUGGUAACGAGCAAUUAUUGUUCUGUGGCACUAACACCACUCGUUGCAAGUUAAUGGGAACAUCCAAUCUCUGUAGAGACUCCAAUUACAGCAUCUGCAAUAUAUUUAAAUCAGGCUUUUACACUACAAAGAAGAAAAAUGGAAUAUGGUUCAGCACAAGUUGCGAAGAUCUAGUUAACGCUAAUAUGAAUGCAAAUAUGAUGAAUGUGAAGAUGGCUAUCAUAGUUUGUAGAGUAAUUACAGGAAGAGUUAUUGAUAUGCUCGAUAGGGACUUCGAAGGUGACUAUGAUUCUUUUGGAGGAGUAAAAUCAAACUACUUGUUUGUAAGAAACCCAAGUGUUGUACUACCUUGCUUUGUUAUAAUUUUGAACUGCAAGUAA